UGAAAAUUAUACGAUUUCAACUAUUUCAAACGCAAUUGAAAACAUGUCCUUUUCCAAGGCUAAGCUUAAACGUUUCAACGAUGUAGAUACGGCCGCCUGCAGUUCUCCUGCCCGCCAUGUGUGCAGUGCUGAUGCAGGUGUUGGUACUCCUACGGCUGCGGCCAUCACCUCGGCUACAGCUCACCCUGAACGUAAGGAACAAAUCGAGAAAUUCUUCAAGGACGCAGUGCGCUUCGCCUCCAGCUCCAAGGAAGCCAAAGAGUUUGCAAUACCCAAAGAGGGUGGUGCUGUAAAGGAGGAUAAGAAAUCCAAAGGCUUGCGGCUAUUCCGUACACCUUCAUUGCCCCAUCGCUUGCGUUUUCGUCAGAAUUCCGAUUUGGCUGCAGCUGCUCUGAGCAAUAACAACAAUGCGGGUGGUUCCUCUACAGCCAGUUCUACACCAUUGCCAUCGGCAGCAACCACCCCCGUUAAGGACAUGCCAAAGUCAGCCAGUCGCCUUAAGGGCAAAGAGGCUUUACACCAGGAAAUUCGCCAUAAGAAUGAAUUGAUUGAGAAUUACAUGAGCCAAAUUGAUGUCCUGAAGCGCCAUGUGGAUCAGCUGAAGGAUACUGAGACAAAAAUGCGUGAAGAGCACGCCAAUGCCCAGCUGAAGACAGAGACCAUGAUACACGAAUUGACCACCGAAAACAAAUCUCUCAAAGAGGUGAAUGAUCAGCUUACGAUCGACAACUCUAAGUAUGUGGAGAAUAUUGCAAAACUGGAAUCUGAGAUACGUGACCUCAACGAGCAACAUGCUGCCCAGGUGGCUGAAUUGGCCAAGCUAAGUGAGAGUUUGAAGUCGAACAAUGAAUUCCUGGAGACUGAGGCCAAGACCCACUUGGAGUCCCAAACUCUUAUGCAAACCCAGAUCUCUAAAUUAGAGUCAGAGAUUCAAGAGGCCCAAAAUCGUUUGGCUGCCGAUGCUGAAAAGGCUCGUGAAAACUUUGAAAUCAUUGAGAAUCUUAAGAACAUUAAUGGUUCCCUCCGAGCUGAUGUAAACAACCUGCAGAAACAAAUUGAGCAGGACGCCCUCGCCUAUGCGCAAGAGAACAAGAUCAUACAGAACGAAAUGGAGUGCCUAAAAAAUGAACGCAACACUCUAAAGAAUGACCUGGCCAGCAAAUGUGAUCUUAUCAAAUCUCUGCAAGACGAGCUACUGGACAAAAACUGCGAAAUUGAUGCCCAUUGCGAUACCAUACGCCAAUUGUGCCGCGAGAAGGCCCAAUAUGUGGAGAAGGAGCGUCUCAUGAACUCAGCCGAAGAGAAGGUACGAAAUGCCGAGGCUCAAGCCGAACAGAAAGUUCAAAAGUUGGAAUCCGAUCUGGAGAAUGCCAUUGAGCGCGAGAAAGCCUAUUGGCGUAGUGAGUUGGAAAAGCGCCAAAAGAUGGCCGAAAAUGAGAUCAUUAAGAUCGAAUUGGAAAAACAAGAUGUUAUGAUCUUAUUGGAGAGUACCAAUGACAUGUUGCGUGAGCGGGAUGAGAAGAUCCAAAAAUAUGAAGACCAACUGCGCAACGGCAUUGACUACUAUGUCCAGUUGACCGAUAAUCUGCAGAAGCAAGUGGUUGACCUGAAGAAUGAUGUGGCCAAGACCAUUACCGAGAAAUACAACUAUCAGCUGACCUUAAACAAUACCAGGUCAACGGUAAACAUUCUCAUGGAUCGCCUCAAGAAAUCGGACGCUGAUGUUGAGCAGCUGAAGGCAGAACUCGAAUCGUUGCAGUUGGCCAAGGGGGCUUUGGAACAAAGCUAUCUCUCGCUACAAGCCGAGCUGGAGCAAGUACGAACUCAGCUGCAGGAGUCUGAAUCGGCCCUCACCACCUUGAAGGCUUCAUCGGAGUCGCUGCAAAAAGAGGAGCGCAUCGACGGCGAUGCUGCCAAAUACCUGGACAUGUACAACGAGCUCAAGAGCAAGGACGAAACCCGAGAGAUCUACAUGCAGGACAUGAAGAAAGCCCUCGACGAAUUUGCAACUGUCCUGCAAUUUGCCCAGCUAGAGUUGGACAACAAAGACACCAGCCUGCUCAAGGUGCGUGAAGAGUGCGAGCAACUGAAACUGGAGAACAUCACCCUCAAAUCGAAAGUCGAGGAGAGCUCUUCCAAAGUUGCCACACCAGCUAAAAAGAACAGCACCGACUUGGAGAAGAUCGAGGUUCUGUUAAACGAUUCUGAAUUGCGAGCAGAAUGCGAAAAGAUAGCCUCAUGGUUCCUCAACUCAAAUGAGAAGAAUGUACGCAGCGAUAGCUCGAGUGAAAUCAGUGAACUCCUGAAACCUACCACUCCCAACAACAAGGCGGCCACGCGUUCCUGCACCACCCCAGUACGUUCGUCGGGCGGCAAGGUAACCGCAGUUUCUACGGUGAACACCCCACGUACACCUCGAACUCCCAAAACUGCCUCCACACACACCCCCCGCACCACACCCAAAAAGACGGUCCUAUUUCCCGGCAAGGAAAACAUACCCAGUCCUCAGAAACAGGUGCUGAAAGCGCGAAAUGUGUAAAACCGGAGCCAAGAUGUGCGAGUCCAACCUCAUAUCUACUACCUGUGUGUAAUUAUUUUAAAUUUCUAGGCUAAAUCUUAGGUUAAGUUUAUUUUUGUAGAUUAAAAAAUAUUUUAACCCCACGACCUGAUAUAGCGUUUUUCGUAACAUUCCCAUGAGAAAUCUAUAGUUUUUAAUUUUUUUAUAAAAGCAUCACCUUUUUCCACUUUCGAAUGAUAAUAAAAAUCGGAUUAUCAAAUGUAAAAAUAAAAUCGAA